AUGUUGGGGGGAAACAAAUUAAAAGUAUCGUUUACACAUGAAAGAUCUUGUUUUGGAUAUAUUAGUACUAAACACAAUACAAACAAUGAACAGUCACAAUGUGUGCAAGUAUUGUAUAGAGAGAAACAAAUAUUUCUCUGGGCAGUAUUCAACAGUAAUAUUCCAGAGGGUCACAUAGCAUGUAAUCCCGUCUUCAGUAAAGUUGUUGGUUUAGAUGAGGGUGUGGAGGUGUUUGUGGCACCGUAUGGAGAUGUGAAGGUUCUAGACCAGUUGUACAUUGACACUGAUAGCCCAGAUGACCAAGAAAUACUUGAACACAAUGUGGAGGUUUUGCAAUUAAGAAUUUUAGAUCAAUUAAGGCUCGUGGCUGCCGAUCAGAAGGCUGUCGUGUGGAUAUCAACAUCUAUGCCUAUCAUUUUCACUCCAAAGACUACCGGUCUACUGGUCAAUCAUAGCAGAAUCAUAGUCAAAAUAGAUGCUUUCAACAGUCUCGGUAGUGACUUUAGUAAUCAAGGCACAGUAACGAAGGGAUCACACCAAAAGUAUAACAAUAUUGGAAUUAUCAAUGACGGUCUUCUCAGUCCAUACUUAAAUCCACAAAACAGAUUAAUAUUGAGAGCUCUGCCUAUAGAGAGUGAUGGAAAGAAAAAUUUAAUACAUCCUUACACUGUUUUCAUACACGAAGACUUGAUUGAUAAAAAAUAUAAAGAUUUAAUGGUGAUCUUGGCCACUAUGAACCACAUUCCAUCGGUGUUGCAAGAAGAUGAGGUUGAAUGCAAUAAAAUAGACGGUAUUUGUGUAGAAAUAGUUACCAUAGACAAUACGGUCUACAGAAGUCUCUGUAGAGAGGUUUACAAUGAAAAUAUACCGACUGUACUCAUACCAAAGUCACUAAACGUCAUAAUAAAUGUUGAGAUGGGGGUGAAGUUAAUUUUUAACAUAAUAGGUGAUAAAGUAGAGCUUCCUGAUCACGUGGACAUCAUAACAUACUCAGAGAAAACUCAAACUGAGAUUGAUGUUGUAGAAAAGUUUAAGAAGUGUGUCGUCGAAAACACACAUUCUGGUAAAAUGUUCCUCAUAAACGAUGGAAUGGUGAAGCAGAACACACACAUCAGUCAUGGGUUUCUGAGGUUUAAGUUGAAACCUGAAAGGUUGAAAUACACUAUGUUGAACUCGGAGUCAUUUAGAAGCUGCAGCGUGGCCGCCAAGUGCUUGACUGAUGCUGACUUUGACUGUCCCAAGAAAGUAACACAUAAACUAGAAUAUGACUUUAAGAAUUAUUGCCGCAGUAUAAAGUCGAGUCAGAAGUUAGUUGAUGAUAUUCUAUCACAUAUACAUUUUGAGAUACAGAGAGAGGCGAGUUUUAAAGGGGUUUCAGAGAUUAAGAGUAAUAUCCUUAUAACUGGUUCAAGCGGCACAGGAAAGUCAGCUAUAUGUCAUAUAGUACAAAAAGAACUAACUCUCUGGUCACACAUACUACACUGCCGGUCCCUCAAAGGAAGAAAGGAUGUCACUGAAAUCAUAGGGAAAGCUAUACUGAUGUGUCAGGAACAUGGUCCAUCGGUGUUGAUAUGUGACGACCUCGACGCUUUAAUACCACCGAACACAGAGGGCGCCUCUCCACAAGACAUAGCUUACUACCAGAGAUUGGCGUCGUGUAUUAAACAGAUGUUGCAGUCUUGUUCGUCUGUGUGUGUGUUGAUGACGUCACUCAGCCUGAGGUCAUUGCACCCGGUCCUGAGACAGUUCGGUGGACGGCCUCUUUUCACAGCACACUUUGAUAUACCUCAUAUGAAUCAGGAGGAUAGAAUAGAAGUUUUCAAACACUUACUGAAUGAUAAAAUCCGUGAGUCAGUACUAGUGGAGGAGGAGGACGUUUCGACCUUAGCUAGUGACACGGCCGGCUGUACCGUCAGGGAGAUACUUGAAUACUUUAAUAAGAGAAUAUUCAAGGCAAUCAAGAACAAGUCCAAGCCGUCAGAUAAGCCUCGUCUAAUAGAUGAUAUAUCUAAAGAACUGGAGAAGGCGAACACUUUUGAUAUAUGGGGUUCAGUGGGGGGCAUGCACGACGUGAAGAGACAGAUCACUGAGGCUAUAUUCUGGCCGAUCAUGUAUCCGAGUCUGUUUCCAUCAUCUUCAUGUGGCAUCUUGCUGUACGGGCCUCCAGGGUCAGGGAAGUCACUCAUAGGAUCCUGCUUGUCCUCAUUGACUAAUAUGAGGGUACUCACUGUUAAGGGACCCGAAUUACUCUCUAAAUACAUUGGACAAAGUGAGAAGGCUGUCCGGGAUAUAUUUGAUAAAGCGGACAUGCAGCGUCCCUGUAUCCUAUUCUUCGACGAGUUCGACAGUCUCGCGCCCAAACGCGGGCACGACUCGACGGGUGUGACGGACCGCGUGGUGAACCAGCUGCUGUCCCGGCUGGACGGGGCGGAGGGCGGGGCCCGCGGGCCCGUGCUGGCGGCCACCUCGCGCCCGGACCUCGUGGACCCGGCGCUGUUGAGACCCGGCCGGCUCAUGCUGCAUCUGUACUGCGGUCUGCCAGACCAGGCUGACCGUGUGGAGGUUCUCCGCUGUCUGUCAAGGAGCGUGUCUCUGUCACCGGAAGUAGAUCUGUCAUGGUUGUCAUCAUGUACUGAAGGAUACUCCGCCGCUGACCUCAAGUCACUGCUAGUGACGGCGCAGCUGACCAGGCUCGAGAAACAAUUAGCGGCGAGUGACGACAAAACCCUGGAGUCGGUGGUAGUGUUGAAGGAGGAUUUGGAGGACGCGCUGACAGAGACCUCGCCCUCACUUACACACGAACAGAGACUGUACUACGAUACUAUCUAUCGUCGUUUCCGCGGAGAGCCGCUGUCCCCACAACAGACGCGACUGACGCAACACAUGGACCGACAGAGAGUCACACUCGCAUGA